UCCCAGACAUUUACAAAUGCAGCUGGAUUAAUCAUGACACAGGCGCCCCUGUCUGACACGGAGGUGGAUGUAUGGAGAUUAUGUAUGGACCACGAGAUUGAUGCUAUGGUGGUUCUACAUCAGCUUGACGAGGAAAAUAAGUGGCUCCCAGGAAGAGGGUCAUCUUUGUCUUGUCCGCCAUUUACUGUUACCAUCGGAAAUACAGGAAGCAGACUGGAUGACGUAAAUCAAGAUAGGCUGGUUAUUUCAAACAAUGAGCAAACGAGGAGAAUGGAUAUCUACCAAGUACCAUUUGAAAGUGACACCUCUGUUCUAAAGGGGGUAGAGCUACUUUUAGAAACUGAGAAGAACCCAACGUUUACUUUUGUCGUAAUCAGCAAGGACAGUGCCGGACCAACGGGGAUUUUCUGUGUUUUACACAACGCCCUACAACAGCUUCGUAUCGACGGGGAAGUGGACAUUUUUACAACGGUCAGGCAGUUACAGAUUAGAAGAACGGAGGUCAUCACAAAGCUGGAGGAAUAUAAAAGGUGUUAUCAAUUAGUGUCACAGUCAACAGCUGCAGAAGGAAUAUAUGCCAAUAUGUGA